UGCUUCGUUUGCUCCUAGACAGGGUUCUGAAAAGUUUCAAUCCAUGUGAAGGUGCCAGGAGGAAAGUAAAGAAAGUUCUGAAGAGCAUUGAUGGUGUUUUCACUGCAACAAUAGACCCACAGCUGAACAAAGUAACAGUAACUGGAAGUGUUGCUGUGGAGACCCUUCUCAGGAAGCUCGUCAGAGCCGGAAAACAAGCCGAGAUUUGGCCGGAGAAUGACGGGAAAAUCUCCGGCAAUGGGCAGCAGCAGCCAGCAGAAGAAGAAGAAAGAAAAAUGAAGUUAGAGAACUACAGAGCGUGGAAAAGCACAAGGGAACUGAAAAAUGCUUCUGCCAAGGUAACAGUGAGAAAAAAAAGCAGCAGCAUGACUCGCCGGGAAAGUACCCUCGUUUACCGGAUGGAUGCCGUCGGAGGGUGUUCGGAAGCGAAAGGUGGGCGGCUUGCUAAGAAAAGAAAGAAGAAAAAAAUUGCACCUUGGUGGUGGGAAUGGAAACAGUGGUUUGAGUUCAGUGGAAGCAGCUACUGGUGCACCUGCACACACUGGAUUGCAGUUUCAAGAUCUUGUGGGCCCAGUGAAUGUGAACCCUACACGUCAGUAUUGGCUUUUAUAUCCAGAAAGUGGUGUUGCAGCUUAUAACAGAUUGUAUCCUUCUUACUACGUUCCAUCUUCACCCUACACGUGGGCUGGUCUGGACCAAGAUUGUCAUCACUUUCAAUCAGCACCGUUGGUGUCCUUGAGAUCUCAGUGAUGAAAAUGUCAAUGGGUGUUCUGUUAUGUGAGACUUGAUAGUAAAGAGAGUGUUGUACUAUGGAUAUUAUUAUUAUUAUUGUUUUAUUUCCUAGAUAGUUUGCAAUCCUACUGCAGUUGCAAAGUUUAACACUUUCUUUAGUAAGAAAAUAAGAAGAAAAAGAUUGUAAUUUUUUUCCUUUAUUGCUCUUUUUAA